AAAAAGGAUAGGGUCUGUCCGCCAGGGACACCGCCGUGUGCUCGUAGCACGCCGUGAACUCCCAGCGAAGGUCUUCCAGGAAGCAGAAGGCCGUGGUGACGGGGAUGCUGCAGCGGCACACGCUCAUGUAGGACACGCCCUCUGAGGACACCAAGCUGGACGGGUGAGAGACGGGACAAAAAGCUGCGUUUAGUCCACCGGGAAACGGGACGCGUGGACUCCAAAUGGUCCUACUAGAUGUUGAGCUCCUGGCCCUUGAUGGUGGCUCUCUCUGGGAAGAAGGCCAGCAUCUUGCUGAUGCUCCUCAGCUGCUGCUUCCUCUCUUGGAGCUCACGAUUGUGCUCAAAGUCCGUGGACGCUGACAGAGGGAGUCCGUCCCUGACCCGAACCACCAAGGCGAACAGGAUCAGAGACAUCAUCCAUCCACGACUCUUUGCCUGCAGAAGCCGUGAAAAGAUACAAACUUGUGUCAACAACAAAAAAACAUGACAUGUUUUGAAUUAAAAUAUAUAUGCACAUUAUAUAAUCAUAUUACAGAAAUACCACACACAUAAAAAAUAUUUUAAACAGCAAUUAGCGCCACAAAUAACAGCUUCUUAUCUUAGUUAUUACAAUACAAAGCACUAGUCAAUAUCCCAAUGACUGAGUCCAAGUGAUGGGUUAUGUUGGUUUAAUGUUAUUUUUCCUAGCCAAUCUCCGAGAAAGUUGUGACGUUUCCAAGUUGCACCUUACCUGCUGAUCAUUCUAAAGACAUCCAUUGUGCACCUUUCUUCUUCUUAGCCACUCUGGCUUUAGCUGACUACGCCAUCACUUCAAAGUCCAGUGAUCACCAGCAUCACACAUUUCGUGGAUCAUAUUACAUUCUUUGGGACUAAGUCGAUAGAAACAACACUUAAAUCUUGAUGUUUUAUAAACAUAUGUUAUAGUUAUCAGUGGACAGCUAGCAUGCUAGCUAGCAAACAUGAAGUCCUAUCACCACAAACCACAACAACAAAGUACGGAACGCCAGGAGGGACAAAACAGUGUCUUUAUCCGACUGUGGCUAGCGUCACGUUGCUAAAAGAGUUAGCACAAAGCUAGCUGCCCUGACGGCCCGCGGUGACUCGAUGUGAACUCAACACUUCAUGCAAAGGUCACCUGGACUUUGAGAAUGGGGGUGAAGGACCGCCCCCAGUGUUAUUUUGAUGUGGAGCUCAAUCGGGAGCCAGUCGGGCGUAUUGUCUUUCAACUUUUUUCGGACGUUUGUCCCAAGACCAGCAAGAACUUCCUCUGUUUGUGCACUGGUGAAAAGGGAAUGGGCAAAGUGGCAGGGAAAAAGCUGUGCUACAAAGGCUCCACCUUUCACAGAGUUGUAAAGAACUUUAUGAUCCAGGGAGGCGACUUCACUGAAGGAACCGGAAGAGGCGGGGAGUCCAUAUAUGGCGGCUACUUUGAAGAUGAGAAUUUCACUCUCAAACACGACCGGGCCUUCCUGUUGUCCAUGGCCAAUCGCGGGAAGGACACCAACGGUUCUCAGUUCUUCAUCACUACCAAGAUGGCACCUCACCUUGACGGAGUGCAUGUGGUCUUCGGUCUCGUCAUCUCCGGUUUUGAGGUGAUCAAGAAGAUCGAGGGGCUGAAGACAGACUCGGCGAGCCGACCGUACGCCGACGUGAGAGUGGUGGACUGCGGACAGCUGAUCACCAAGUCGGCUAAUGACGUACUCGAAGGCAAGAGGAAAAGGGCGUCUCAUUCUGCUGACUCCUCCCUCAAUUCCGAGGACGCCUCAUCGCAGAGAUCCUCCUCGGUGGAAUCUGACAGUGACUGUGAGAAGCCCAGGCGUGCCAAGCACAAGCGGCAUGUCAAAAGUAAACGGUCCAAAAAGAAGAGGAGGCUGUCCAAGAGAGAGAAGAAUGUUGAUGACGUGGAAUCGUCCAAACAAAGCUCCCACGAGCCUUCGGACGUGGAACAACAUGGAACCGACACGGAAGACGCUGAUGCGGACGGAGAGAAGGACAACGGCGGGAAGAGGGAGAAGCCGGUGGUUCGACCAGAGGAGAUCCCACCUGUGCCCGAGAACCGCUUCCUGCUGCGACGGGACAUGCCAGCCCAGGAGAGCCAAGCUGAGAUAGUCGAGCAACAAGAAGCAUCAGUUCCUGCUGAACAGAAGCCAGCAGUCUCCAAGUCUGGACGCAAGAUCAGAGGCAGAGGAACAAUCAGGUACCACACUCCCACCAGGUCUAAAUCUCGCUCGGCUUCAGUGGGAGAGCGCGGCAGCAGUGAAACUCCUCCCCACUGGAAGGAGGAGAUGAUGCGGACCAAAUCCUACCAGCCCCCCAGUGUGGAGCGGUGGAGCAAAGGGGACCGAUGGGACGACAGAAGUGACUCCGUGUGGUCCAGGUCUUCUGAGCACUCGUCAGACCGCAGCUCUGAGAGGUCCAACCCGCCGCGCCAACGUAAGAAGGAGAGGAAAAAAGGCAAACACAAGAAGAAGGCCAAAAAACAUAAACAUGGCAAAAAGAAGAGUUCCAAGAGCAAACCUGCGGAGGCUGGAACAUCCGAGGGGGAAAGGUGGCCAUCUUCAAGAAGGUCCAAAUUCAGAACAUCUCGCUCUCCAUCCCGUUCCUCGUCAAGUCAGCGUUACACCAGGCGGCGGUCCUCUGUGUCCCGAUCCUACUCCAGAUCCCGCUUGUCCAGUCGAUCCAGAUCCCGGGCGAGGUCUUAUUCAAGAUCCAGGUCUUAUUCAAGAUCCAGGAGCCCGUCUCCAUCUAGAAGUCAUUCUCAGACUCGAUCCAGAUCACGGUCCUAUUCACGAUCCAGGUCCAGAUCAAGGUCCAGACACAGGUCCAGGUCAUGUAGUCCAAACAGGAGAAGGAGUUUAUCCAGAUCUCCAAGAAAGCGGAAAUCCAGCAAGUCCAAAUCCGACACCACGUUGGGAAAGCUUCCCGAGGGCAAAGUCGCAUCAUCGUCCAGACCACCCACUGUCCCGGCUCCAGAAAGUGUCCCCGUCAUCCCCAUGAGCGACAGUCCUCCCCCCUCUCGCUGGAAGCCCGGUCUGAAGCCCUGGAAGCCCUCCUACAUCCCUCCCCGUGAAAGCAAAGACCAAAUAUCUUCACAGAGCACUUCCUCCGUGGGACAGACGGUCGACGCCAAAGCUCCGGCUUCAGUUCUGGAAAAGCAUCUGGCGGGGGACGCAGACAAAGACAAAGCACACAAACCCGCACGGCGUUCACCCAGCCGCUCCUCCAGGAGCCAGAAGUCCCGCAGCCGUUCAUACAGUCGCUCCAGAAGCAGGACUUCCAGCAAGUCCAGGUCCCACCAUAGCAGGUCUUCCUCGAACAGCGGAUCACACUCUGGGCGCUCUCACGAGAUCAGGAGCGGCAAGAACAAAGAGUCCAUUGACAAGGAGUGGAAAAAGUAUUACAAUUCUUUGAAGAGGAUAAAGAAUAUCGACCAAUACAUUUCAUUUGAUCAAGAGAAGCAGCCAAGUCCUGCUAAGGCCGUCUCCAAGGGAAGUCUGCAGGAACAUCCGAAGAACUGCAGCUCGGCGCUGGUGGACAGCUUUCAUAACAAGUCUGGAUGGGACAGCGAUAGCGAUAAAGUCAGCAGUUUGUCCAAAAACCAGAACCAAGCAUCCAGCGGGAUCCCCGACAAGAAGACUUCAGGCCUGACUGGUUGGAAUUCCGAUAGUGACCCUGAAACCCUAACCGCCCGGGUACUGGCGCUGUCCGAGAAAGAGGAAGGCGAGGCCAGCUCUGAGUCUGAAUGGGAAACUUUCAGAAAGACCUCUGAGGCGGUGGCCGAGGCGCCGCUUCCUGUUGCCUCUGAUCGGUCAGAAGCCAAUCCACGGAAAGCUGCUGAGCCCGAGAAGCACAAGAACAAGAGGAAGUCCAAGCGGAAGCACAAACAUAAGACCAGGGAGACCAAGACGGGCGGCCACCAUGUGAAGGACAAGAGCAAGAGAUCCAAGAAGAAGCGGCAGAAGCUCAAAGAGACUUUUCACUGGCAGCCGCCUUUGGAGUUUGGAGAGGAGGAGGAUGAAGAUGAAUCAAAGCGAGAGAGACGCAGCCCUGCCAGAGCUGCCAACGAAGACGCCAACGUGAACUUCAGGAGCAUCAAAGAGGAGCAUGUGACCUCUCUAAACAAGAAUCCGAACAGAGAAGAAAGCAGGGGGCACCUGAGGGCCAAAGAACAUAACAGGAACUCCAAACUACAUGAACCUGUUCAGGAGGUGCCCAAAAGGAAUAGCUCCAGCACAGCCGGCAUCAAAGAGCCCAACUCUAUGGAGGAUAUGGACAUUUGUACUCCUGAACAGGAAACCAUCAUUGAAGCUUCAGCCACACCUAAGUCCGCCAGUAAACCCCCUGAAGUCACCCUAAAAACUACCUCUCAUUUGCCCGCCAAAGCUAAUAAAGAUGGCCUCCAUCAGCUGCACAGCCGAGAGCAAUCCACCGUUGCCGCGACAACAGCUGAUGGGAUCAAAGCUGAAGCGGAGCCGUCCAAGCCCCCCGGCGCCGUCGUUAACUUCAAGUGGAGGCCUCUGAAAGGAACGUCUUCUCUGCAGAACAUCAGCACCACGCUUCUCGCGGCCAAAAACGUGCAAGCGCCACAGAACCCAGCGUCUAACGCGCAGGGAGUGAGGAUGGAGAUCAAGAGCACCAGCCGGGUCAGACCCGGCUCGCUCUUCGACGAAGUCCGCAAGACGGUUCGGCUCAACCAGAGGCCGAGGAACCAGGAGAGCUCCAGCGAGGAAAGCUCCCCUUCAGCCGGAGUAACCAGGGAUAAAUCCCCCAGGAAGUCCCGCUCGGUCACGCGGCGGUCCCGCUCCGCUUCCAGCCAGCGCUCACGCACCAGAGACUGGUCGCACUCCUACAGCAGGUCCAGGAGUCGGUCGCGAAGCUCCAGCUACCGGUCCAGGGAUCGCAGCAGAAGUCGGAGGAGGCGCGGCAGGGGGCGCUCACGCAGCAGCACGUACAGAAGCUACCGAAGUCACAGUCGGACGUACAGUCGAAGUCGCUCCAGGAGUCGCUCCUAUAAUCAUCGCAGCAGGAGAUCCAGGUCCGACUCCUCAGACAGCUAUUCCAGUCGUAGUCGCAGUGCAAGCAAGAGACGCGGCCGCGGCCGCAGCGACAGCUACAGGAGCUGGGAGCGCAGAUCUCGGUCCUCGCGCUCCUCCACUCGCAGUUCUUCCCGCCACAGAAGUCGCAGUCGCAGCAGUCGCUACAGCUGAGACAAGGUGUUGUCGUCACUUGGACUCUCCCUCUCUGUUGCAGGCCAGUUCUCCCAGCUCCACAAGAGGAAAGCAGGCUACCAUCAAUCUAUAAUGCAUGUUAUACAUUAUACAUAAUACAUUAUACAUCCUGGCAAAUGAAUGUACUGUAGAAGAAUGUAUUGUACAUACGUAGAUGACCAGAUGGAUAAAGGCUGCUCCAAACACGUUUGCUGUGUUACAGUUAGUAGAGGAUGCUCAUAAUGUAAAUAACGUGUUUUUUUCAAUCAUAUCUGUAUUUGACCAAACUGGAUUGUAAUCUUGUAAGGUUAAGAGCAACAACACACUGUUAUGUUUUUGUUACUAUGGGCAUUUUUUAUAGUUCUGUGUUAGAUUACUGUGCCAUGAACAUUUAAACAACUGUACUCAUUUCUUUGGCUGUAAGUGAUGAUGAAUAAAAAAGACAACUCAUCCUAAAAAGAUAACAUUCCCACUUGUGGGAGAUGUGAAAUGCUGCCCUCUGGUGGUUGCAUUCCCAACAACGUCAUGAACUCGUCAAACACUGCCGGCUAAUGUGGCUGCCUAGCGCCAGGCCUGCUGUGGAUGGAACACAAGCAAUCCUAUGAAAUGAACAGCAGCCCAGGAGGAGGAUCGAUGCCACGCUAAAGUGGAGCAAAAUGUGACAAAUCCACGCUGGAGGUGUUGAUGGCGGAGUGGACACCGGCGCUGGAGGAGUUAGAGCGGGACUCCUUGGAGCCUCUGGCC